AUGUCCUUCAGUGACCAGCAGUGCAAGCAGCCAUGUGCACCCCCUCCAUGUCUUCAAAAGAGCCACGAGCAGAGCCAGGCGCAGGCCGAGGAGGUGUGUCUCCCCCAGUGCCAGGACCCCUGCUCAGAGAAGUGCCUGCCGCAAGCCCAGGAGGUGUGUCCUCCUCAGAGCCAGCAGUCAAGCCAGGAAAAGUGCCCACAGCAAAGCCAAGACCCCUGCCAAGACCAGUGUCCAUCUCAGAGUGUGGAGGCCUGCCAGGAGCUGGCCCAGACCAAAUGCGUGGAGGUGUUCCCCCAGAAAGUCCAGGAGACAUGCCAGCCCUCUGGAAAGGGGAAGUAG